AAAACAUACUUGUAAUGCUCAAAUCCUCUUCAACAAGAAAAACUAAGACUACUAGGAAAACUUCUUUGAGGAAAUCCAAGAAAAGUACAGAUAUUGAGGUUGGAAGUCAUACUCCAUCUUCAUCACAGAAAGGCUCCUCUGACUACUGCCCAGAAAGUACUGAUAUCAGACUUAAGAAGAACAGAGAGAGUGCUUGUAGGAGCAGACUGAAGAAGAAGCAACAAAUCUCUCACAUACAAGAAGAAUAUGACAUCAUGGUAUCCGAAAACACUCGGAUUCAGCAAAAUAUAGAUUGCUGCUCUAAAAGAAUUGAAAAAUUGGAAGACUACAAUGCAAGGAUAAGGAAAAGUAUUGAGUACAUGCAGGCUCAGCAAAAUCUGAUCCUAGUUAUACUCUCGCACCAGGGACAGGCUCCUUCUUUAUCUCUUGAACCAUUACAGACAAAUCUUAAUGAUUUGAUUUCUGAGAGAAGGAAUGCAGCUAAGCAGGAGCCUGCCCAAGCAGGCUCCGCUGGCGGACUUUCCUAAGCCCUGGC